CAGGCGGCCGUCAGAUUAGUCUGAAACACCGUGUCCGUGCACGUAUCUGCCGGUUUGCACGCUUCUGCAGCGGGGAUCGUUCUGCCGGGAGCCGCCGGGCCGAACCGAACCGAGUCGAACCGAACCGGAGCUGAAAUGCGGACGUAGCCGAUCGACCAAAGGCGGAGCCGAGCCGGGCCGAGGAGCGCUGGGACGCCAUCGAGCUGCCUGCCUGACCGGGUCCUUCAUCCGGACGGGAGCAUAGAUGUUGCAGGCAGAGCGGGUCACCGACUCGGUUGACGACGCUGGAGACGAUGCGCAAGGACGUGCGGAUCCUGCUGGUGGGGGAGCCCAAGGUUGGGAAGACGUCUCUCAUCAUGUCGCUGGUCAGCGAGGAAUUCCCCAAUGUGGUUCCCUACCGAGCUGAGGAGAUCACCAUCCCUGCAGACGUCACGCCGGAGAGAGUUCCCACACACAUCGUCGACUAUUCCGAGGCCGAGCAGACGGACGAACAGUUGUUUCAGGAGAUUUCCAAGGCCAAUGUGAUUUGCAUUGUUUACUCUGUCAACAACAAGAAGUCCAUUGAAAAGGUGACCAGUCACUGGAUCCCCCUCAUAACUGAGAACACGGACAAGGACAGCAGGGUUCCUCUCAUCCUGGUGGGAAACAAGUCUGACCUGGUGGAGCACAGCAGCAUGGAGACCAUCCUGCCCAUCAUGAACCAGUACAGCGAGAUCGAGACGUGUGUUGAGUGUUCAGCAAAGAACUUAAAGAACAUCUCCGAACUGUUCUACUAUGCACAGAAGGCCGUCCUCCACCCCACGGGCCCGCUCUACUGCCCGGAGAAAAAAGAUAUGAAGUCUCACUGUGUGAACGCUCUGACUCGAAUCUUUAAAGUGUCAGAUUUGGACAAUGACGGAAUCCUGAAUGACAACGAACUCAACUUCUUCCAGCGGACGUGCUUCAACACGCCGCUGGAGCCUCAGGCGCUGGAGGACGUCAAAAACGUGGUGAGGAAGAACCUGAUCGAUGGAGUGUCCAACAACGGCCUCACUUUGAAAGGCUUCCUCUUCCUGCACACGCUGUUCAUUCAGCGCGGGCGUCACGAGACCACCUGGACAGUGCUGAGGAGGUUUGGGUACGACGACGAUCUGGAACUAAAUCAGGACUAUUUAUUCCCCCCGUUGAAAAUCCCUCCUGACUGCACGACUGAGCUCAACCACAACGCCUACCUCUUCCUGCAGAGCGUCUUUGACAAACAUGACAAGGACCGUGACUGUGCCUUGUCGCCAGAGGAGCUGAAGGACCUGUUUGAUGUGUUUCCAUACAUGCCCUGGGGUCCAGAUGUCAAUAACACGGUUUGCACUAACGACCAGGGCUGGAUCACGUACCAGGGCUAUCUCUCACAGUGGACAUUAACAACUUAUCUGGACGUGCAGCGAUGUCUGGAGUAUUUAGGCUACCUUGGUUACUCGAUAAUAGCAGAGCAGGAGUCUCAAGCAGCGGGAAUUACAGUAACCAGAGAUAAGAAGAUUGACCUGCAGAAGAAGCAGACCCAGCGGGGUGUCUUUCGAUGUAAUGUAUUUGGAGACAUUGGCAGCGGCAAGAGCGGCUUCCUGCAAGCCUUUCUGGGUAAAAACCUCACGCACCAAAAGACAAUUAACGAGGAGCACAGAUCGUACUACGCCAUCAGUACUACCUAUGUGUACGGCCAGGAGAAAUACCUUCUCCUUCAUGAGGUUUUCCCCGACUACGACUACCUGUCGGACGCUGAUCUGGCCUGCGACAUCGUCUGCCUGGUUUACGACGUGAGCAACCCGUACUCCUUUGAAUACUGCGCCAAAGUCUUCAAGCAAUACUUCAUGGACAGCAAGGUCCCGUGCAUGAUGAUCGCCGCCAAGUCGGACCUGCCCGAGGUCAAGCAGUCGUACGGCUGCAGCCCUCUGGAGUUCUGCAGGAGGCACAAGAUGCCGCCGCCGCAGUCCUUCACCUGCAACACGGCGGCGGCGCCCAGCCGAGACAUCUACACCAAACUCACCACCAUGGCCAUGUACCCCCACGCCCGGCUGCGCUGCAUGUGCACCUGUAACCGCUGCACCUUCUGCUUGUGUCAGAAUUUCCUCAACUCUGAGCUGCUGCAGACGGUCAGGGCCAAACUCUACGCCGUGGUGCUCAGAAGACAUGUGAGCCAAGCAGACCUGAAGAGCUCGACCUUCUGGCUGAGGGCGAGCGUCGGCGCCACGGUGUUCGUCGUGCUGGGCUUCGCCAUGUACAGAGCGCUCCUGAAAACCCGGUGAUCCUCGUUCAGCCGGGUUCAGCCCAGCAGAGCCAUCCCAUCCGUCUGAACCUCACUUUUCCCCGUUAGCAUUCGGCACAUGACAUUUUUGGGAGAGUUAUUUUCAUUGUUUUGCAGUUUAAUGGUGUUAAAAAAGUGCUUUUUUUUCCCAGGGGCAAAAUUACACAAGCUUGUCUGUUUUUCACUUCACUUUGUUUCUCUUCUUCAGGCAGAAGAGAAAAAUAUUUAUUUUGUACCAAAUUACUGAUUUGCUCUAUGUUUCAUCUGCUAGUGUUUGCAAAGUAAAGAUACUAUAUUUAUAUUUCUAUUUAUAUAAAAGAUCCAAGGUGAGCUGCUGGCGAGUUGUAGUGAGUUUCAUGUGUAGCUGCUUUCAGACUGAUGCGAAGAACUCCGUGGUGAAAGUGUUAAAGAGUGUGUUGUGUGUCAUGUAUGCAACUGAAUCGACUCUGUUAAAUAUGUAAAUAACUGUAUAUUCAUUUUGUUCUUGAUUCGAUAUACGACGCAGGUAUUUUAGGUUGACAGUCGACACUCAAAGCUGCACAAAUAUUCACUUUCUGAGAAAACCGGUUUGACUUCAUGGCCAAAUACUAAUAUUUGUUUGUAGUUUUGACAGUAUUGACGUUGCUCUCUGGGUUUGUUGAUGCAGACGUGAAUCUGAGGCUGUGCUCCUCUCCCUGUCUUCCCGUGUUUUACACUUUACUCUUCAUGUCCAGGUUGGAGUGUGUGCUAGAAUAUAAACCGACACUAGAUCUUACGUUUGCAUGCUUCUGUUUGGAGAAAAAAAAAAAGGAUUCUCUUUGCCAUGCUGCAUGGUAGGUUCCAUUAGAACUGAAGAAUUUAGGUAUUAUUUCACUUCAUUUGCUGAACACAGGGGCGUUGAACGGUUGCCUCAUUUGUGAUUUGUUUUCUGCUCCGACAGUCAGAAAAAGAUGUGAAGACGCCACGACGGUCGUUAACUUUCAA